AUGUCGAUCAAUACUGUCGCCAUUAUUGGUUGCGGCGCAAUCGGCGCUUCAUGGUCAGCACUCUUCCUCGCCCAAGGCCUCAAAGUCCAGGCCUUUGACAUCAACCCUGCCUCAGAGACAUAUCUCCGCAACUUUAUCCGCGACGCUCUUCCUGUACUCUCAUCAAUCGGCUUGGUCAAGAAUAACAACGCCAAGCCUGAAGAUGUCGUCUUUACAACCACCUUGAGCGAGGCUUUACAAAAUGCCGAUUUCGUACAAGAAAACGGCCCUGAACGAAUCGACUUUAAGAGAAAGCUCUUUCAGGAUAUGGGAGAGAUGCUUCCAAGUCAAGUCAUUAUCGCGACAAGUUCUAGCGGUUUGACUUGCUCUUCUAUUCAAGAGGGUAUGACUACUGCUGCGUCACCGGAACGAUGUGUUGUUGGACACCCGUUCAACCCACCCCAUCUCAUCCCUCUCGUGGAAGUUGUCGGCGGCAACCAAACCUCAUCAGAUAUUAUUCAACGUACCAUGAAAUUCUACGAAGACAUGGGCAAACAACCCAUUCACUUAAAGAGAGAGGUUCCCGGUCAUGUCGCCAACCGUAUCCAAGCAGCCGUCAUGCGAGAAGUCUUCCACAUCCUACAACAAGACGUCUGCGACGUACAAGACAUCGACGACGCUGUAUCCUACGGGCCUGGUCUACGCUGGGGCGUCAUGGGACCCAACACUCUAUUCCAUCUUGGCGGUGGAGAGGGUGGAAUCGAACAUUUUGCGGAUCACUUGCUGGGGCCUCUGCAGACGUGGUAUGCACCAGAGAACCCGGUCGUUGAUGAUAGUUUAAAGACCAAGUGGAUUGAGGGAACGAGAACCGCGAUCGACGAGAGAGGGUAUGGGGAUUUGGUCAAGCAGAGAGAUGAGGAACUUGUUAGACUGUUGAAUGUUAGGAAAGACUGGGAUGGGUAUGCCAAGGGUGUGAAGGACAUAUGA